GAAUUAACGUCUGAACACGUCUAGGUGGUGCUUUAAGAAAACUGACAAAUAGCUGCCGGGAUGUUCCUCCGAUUGCUGUCGGAUGUCCGGUGGCGGGCGGCUAACCCAAAAUGGAGAAGAAUGACCUGCUCCCGGCGAAGUACCUCAAGUACAGCAGAACCUCACCCGGUUUCCUUGCCAGCACAGGCGCAGGUUGUCAUCUGUGGUGGUGGAAUCAUGGGCACUUCCGUGGCGUAUCACCUUUCCAAGAUGGGUUGGAAGGAUAUAGUCUUACUUGAGCAGGGCAGAUUGGCCGCUGGUACCACUCGCUUCUGUGCUGGCAUCGUGAGCACAGCCAGGCACGUGUCCGUAGAGCUGAAGAUGGCAGACUAUUCAAACAAGCUCUACCAGCAGCUGGAACAAGAGACGGGAGUGAAAACAGGGUACGUGAAGACAGGCUCUAUUUCACUGGCUCAGACUCAGGAUCGACUAAUCUCCCUGAAACGCAUUGCUUCAUCACUGAAUGUAAUGGGGAUACCUUGUGAAAUUAUCACCCCAAAGCAAGUGGCACAGCUCCACCCACUGAUCAACAUCCAUGACCUUGUGGGGGCCAUGUACGUGCCAGAAGAUGCACUGGUGUCAUCUGCCAAUGUGAGUCUGGCUCUGGCAACCGCUGCCUCACGGAAUGGUGUCCAGAUUCAUGAACGGACGAGUGUCAGUCAUGUCUCGGUCCAGAAGGGUCGUGUGACUGGAGUCGAGACCGACAGAGGACAGAUUCAAUGCCAGUACUUCGUCAACUGUGCUGGCCAGUGGGCCUAUGAGUUGGGCCACUCUGGGGAGGAACCAGUCAAUAUCCCACUCCAUGCCUGUGAACACUUCUACCUCCUGACACAUCCUUUGAAGGAACCUCUGGCAAGCAACUUACCAACUAUUGUAGACCCAGAUGGCAGGAUCUACAUACGCAACUGGCAAGGUGGCAUCCUCUCGGGAGGCUUUGAGAAAAACCCCAAACCUCUCUUCACGGAGGGACGGAACCAGCUGGAGAUUCAGAACCUUCAAGAAGACUGGGAUCAUUUUGAGCCACUUCUGAGUGCCCUUCUGCGCAGGAUGCCGGAUCUGGAGGCUCUGCAGAUCAUGCAGUUAGUGAAUUGCCCAGAGUCCUUCACACCAGAUAUGCGGUGCAUCAUGGGAGAGUCGCCCACCGUGCGGGGCUACUUCGUUCUGGCUGGCAUGAACUCAGCUGGUAUCUCAUAUGGUGGGGGAGCAGGCAAGUACCUGGCAGAGUGGAUGGUAAAUGGGUAUCCGUCAGAAAACGUCUGGCCUCUGGAUUUGAAACGUUUUGGUACCCUUCAGAGCAGUCGCACUUUCCUCCGUCACCGUGUGAUGGAAGUAAUGCCCCUCAUGUGUGAUCUGAAAGUUCCCCGUUGGGACUUCCAGACUGGCAGGCAGCUGCGUACUUCACCAUUGUACGACCGUCUGGAUGCACAGGGAGCUAGGUGGAUGGAGAAGCACGGAUUUGAGCGAGUCAAGUAUUUUGUCCCACCUGGGAAAGAUCUGUUGGAUUUGGAUCAGAGCAAAACCUUUUACAAACCAGACUGGUUUGAUAUUGUGGGUUCCGAAGUCAAGUGCUGUAAGGAAGCGGUUUGUGUCAUUGACAUGUCGUCUUUUACCAAGUUCGAAAUAAGCUCCACAGGAGACCAGGCCCUGGAGAAUCUGCAGUAUCUCUUCUCAAAUGACCUGGAUGUGCCAGUUGGGCAUGUUGUGCAUACAGGCAUGCUUAAUGAGAAAGGAGGUUAUGAGAAUGACUGCAGCAUAGCACGAUUGAGCAAACGCAGCUUCUUCAUGAUUUCCCCUACUGACCAACAAGUCCAUUGCUGGGCCUGGCUGAAGAACCGCUUGCCCAAUGACAGCACCCUGACCAUGGAAGACGUGACCUGGAAGUACACGGCUCUCAAUCUCAUCGGCCCUCGCGCUGUGGAUGUCUUGUCAGAGUUGUCAUAUGCCCCGAUAACUCCAGAACACUUUCCCUCUCUCUUUUGCAAGGAGAUGAGCGUGGGCUAUGCUAAUGGCAUCCGUGUGAUGAGUAUCACUCACACAGGAGAACCUGGAUUCAUGCUUUAUAUCCCCAUAGAGUACGCCCUUCAUGUGUACAAUGAGGUGAUGAACAUGGGCCAGAAGUACGGGAUUCGGAACGCCGGUUAUUACGCGCUCCGCAGCCUGCGCAUUGAGAAGUUCUUUGCAUUCUGGGGCCAGGAUCUGGAUGCCUUUACCACUCCUAUGGAGUGUGGACGCGAGUUCCAGGUCAAGCUGGAAAAGGGAAUGCAGUUUGUUGGCCAGGAAGCACUGUUGGAACAGAAGCAGAACGGUGUGUACAAGCGCUUUACCAUGUUCAUUCUUGAGGACCAUGACACGGAUAUGGACCUCUGGCCCUGGUGGGGGGAGCCCAUUUUCCGCAACGGCCGGUACGUGGGCAAGACCACCAGCAGUGCCUACAGCUACACUCUGGAGCGCCACGUCUGCCUCGGCUUCGUGCAGCACUUCGACGAGAAGACAGGAGAAGAGCUGGUGGUGACAACUGACUUCAUCAACCAGGGCGAGUAUGAGAUCGACAUUGCUGGGCAGCGCUUCCAGGCCAAAGCCAAGCUCUACCCCUUCAGCUCCCUCUUCACGCACCGUCGCCGCAAGGAUGAGGUGGAACUGAGUGGCUACCAGAGGGAGUAGUGCUGACUAGACCUGACCCGCUCCUUUUCCCAAGUUGGAGUCUUCUCCCACCACCUUCCAGUCCUUUCUCCUCGCCCCAUAUAUUUCUUUCUUUUCCUUUCUUGUCUUGCAACUUUUAAACUUUUUCCAGUGUGUUACAUUUUGUAUAUUUUAAAACUUUAAUUUUCAACCUUUCUCAACCCUGUCUGUCUCCCUCCUUCAACCCUUUGCUUGCCAGGCUCCCCCGUGCCCCAGUGGAUGAAGCACAGUGCUGAGCAUACGUCAGGAAGUCCAUGGGAAGCCUGUGUAGGAGUGAACCCCGCCAGAGGCCGUAGCCUUACGGCGAUGGGAAGGGUUCGGGUGAACCCCUGAGGACUACACCCUUCCUCUCUCCUCUCCAGCGUAAGGCACGGGACAGCAGGUAUUUGCUGCCUGUAGUUCAGACGAACGCUGUGACUUCACCCUGCUCUCCGCAUAUCACGUUGUAGAGGGGUCGGUGCGUCGACGCACACAGCAAUAGAACGAUCAGCUACCUCACUGGCACGAGACAUAGCGUUGUGUGAGCAGCGGCCAAGAGACAGGUUUUGGUAUAGUCCAGCCUGUCACUGCCCCCCUUUGUCCACCAUUUUUUUUCCCUAACAGGGAGUCAAGUAGGUUUAAUCAUCAGAUCAUUGAGAUGGCAGUUAAGCGCUGGUAAGUUUGUUGUUGUUCUUGGGAUUGGAUUUUUUGCGUGGGGUCACUGAAACUAAAUGGCCUGCUAUAAAUAUAAUUGAAGAUCAACAUGUGUGUUUCACUUCUGUAAAGGAAUGGCAUUUGGUUUUGGUUUUUUUUAGCAAAAAUACUGAUUUCUAACAAGGACAGAUGUUAGUGUUUAAUGUUAAUAGCAGCGUUGAAAUGCUGCUUCUGUUUCAGCUACACGGUAUACAAUCUCUCUGGGGAUUUUCUUUCACUUUCCUUUGUUUAUGUGACUCAGUCGAGCUCGUCUGGCGAGGCUCAUGCAGUGAACACAAGUUUCACGUAAAACUUGUGUUGGUUUAGGGAACUUGAGCAGCAGGAGAGGAGGGCUCAUCAUCUUUUUUUUUUAGCUGCCCGUGGUUAUUUUGAAAGUAGAGGAAGAGACCCAGCAUUUGUCUCACCUGUGAUGCUGGCAGUAUUGCAAGAAACACCACUGGGUUUUCUUCUGGUGGUGAGAAAGCAUCUCAGCAGCUCCUGUCAGACUCGAGAAGUUGUCUUCUGUUUUUCUCCUCAAAUCUGUUGCACUUCUUACUUCUCUGCCUUGGUAGUACCUCAGCUGAAGGGAUCGAAUAGAAGGAGUGCAGGGAGUGUGGCAGUGGGAUUACGAAUCGCUUUCCUUCAGCAAAGCUCUUUGCCGUCACGCUCCUCAUACAGAUGCUUCAGGUAGCGCAGCUGGGAUUCACCCCUUCUUCAAGUGUCAAAAUGCGCCGAUUCAAACACUGAUGGUAAAUGGUAGAGAAGUGGGGGGAUGCUGAACUGUACUGCGCGCAUUUACAUCUUCUUCUUUUUCCUCUUCCCAUUGUGAGCACAAUCAAAAGCAAAGAUUCUCUUUAUUUACAUGAAAAAGAUCUGUUAAACGUUUUCCCUGCCUCUGCCACUCGCAUACUCGUCGUGGUCUUUCUGCUCCAGCAGCUUUCUGUCUGAAGUUGAAACACAACCUGGCACUGAUGUCUGCCCUGUCAGCCAUGGCGAACACUUCCUCUCUGAUCUAGAACCUUUUUUGGGCACUUUCUUUUCCAGUUAAAUGGCGAGCAUCAGUGGUGUAAAUAUGAGCUCAAAAACUUCCCCGGUUCUUGUUUUAAGUUUGCUUUCUGCUGUGUUAGUUGCUUCAGGUCAUGCCUUCAGUUGAGUCUGUGGUCUGCCAGUUCAUGAUCCAGAUGUUCUCGGCAUGCAAAAGGGGUCGGAUGUCCCUAAGGCAGCAAAGGUGAAAGUCCAAAACCUUUACACCUUAAAACAGGUCGUCGGAGCAAGCUGCCCCGUCCAGGGUGAUACGGAAGCUGUGAAACCUAGGAGUGGAGAGUCGGGAAAGGGUGUAAGAGAAUUAAGGAUUUGAGCAUGCGGGUGUAGUAGGUUGAACGUAGAUGUCACUUCUUUGAGCGUGCUCUCCUUUGUGAAUGGUGAAUUCCUUUGUAGUGGGUGAGCUCUUUAAGGAUUUCAAACUUAUUUUUGAAUUGGCAUGCAAAACUUCCCCGGCCUCUGAAAUGUAGUGACCACAGUAGGACAGCUUUUUGAGAUCUUGCAGCCGAGAGUACUCUGCGUGGCUGCUGUAGGCGGAGGUUCCACUUGGCUGUCAUUUCUUCCAAAUUUCCCUAUGGUUGCUCUCUGGAUUGAAAUUUUGCCUGGUGAGUUAAAAUUAAUUGCUUAAAUGAAAGGUUCAUAAGGCAUCUAAUAGCAGUUUAAAAUCCAGUCACUUCUUGCAUGUCUUUCCUGCAUAGAGGGAUACUGUGAUCCCACUAUUCCCGUGCUGGAUGUGCGUACCGAGGAGGACCUUGGUCCCUCCGUUGGUUUUAGGGGACGCUGCUGUGCCUUUCUUAUCCAGGCGUUCAACCAAAGAAAGAGUUUUCUAUGCGGUACUUAGGAUGUGUCUUAGAGCAGCCCUUCCGAUUAGAGUUUAUUGACCGUUUGUCAUCACUGGUGAGGCAUGAUGCUUCUUCAGGAGAGAACAAAGUAUACAACUGAGGAAAGCUGAAGUAUUUAAUGCAGCUCCUGAAGAACGAUUUUAGCUCGAAGCAUUCAGUUUGUUCUCUGCAGCGUUAGAACGAGUUAAGACCAAACUGGGAAGUUAGCAGCAUGCUGUCCUCUACCAACCGCUCCUUCCUGAAGUAUCAUUUAAGUUGCAGCCAGAUUAUAUUCCUCCUUGUGAUUCUUUUUUCUUUUCCCUAAUUUAUCGGUGCCUGUUAGUUCCUCGGACAACUUUUGAUACGGGUGUCUCUUCCCACAGCAGUUCUGACAAUAAAACUGUGUUUUAUGAGCUACUUUUGUCAUUAUGUCUGCUUAGGUUUAUUUUAUGUCUAGGUCUAUUGACUUUUCAGUACCAAAAAUGGAGAGCGAAAAUAAUUUUCUAUCAUGCCAACAGAUAUAGCCACACUUUCUGUAAUGUUGUGUUUGCUGUUUGAGAUGUAGAAAUAGGUGGUUUGAUAAUUAUCAGUCUUGCAGCUCAUUAAUGCCUCCUCUGGCUUUCCCUGCUAUGAAUUCUGAUUCUCGUUUCAUAUCCCAACCUGUAGUCUUCAGCUGCUGUUUAAGCUUAGUCGAUUUAAUUUCUGGCAGCUAUUUUUAACCUUAUAAUGUUAAAAGAAUAGUUUGCCUUCACCAACUUGAAUACCCAUCAAGGAGACAAUUGUAUAGCAUGUUUUAAAAUAGUGCUAGAUACCGAGACCGAGGAAGGUCCUUCCAGUGUCACGUUUUCUUCCAGAGGUAUUAAACGUUGAUGUAAGACUCUAAUCCCUUUAUCUGGUGACUAAAAGUAGAGUGCCUAAAAAAAGAACAACAAAAUCAGUUCAAGAGUUACCACCUUUAGUACAAUUCCAAAUUAGAAAAUUAGAAAUUGGAUCUUGGAAGCUGCUAUGACACAGUCUUAGCAUCUAAGAUGGUAAAUAAUGUGAACUAUAAAAUUAUACCUCAUGAUUCUCAUCCUUAAAACUGCCUUAAAAUGCUUUCUGCUGAGAAAGGCGGUUUGUUCUCAUUCCGCACGGUAAGACUAUGAACCUUGGAUGGGAAAUACUAAAAUAGCAUCCCCCUCCUCUGCAGAGAAAGGGGUAACGGCCUCGUUCUGUGCUGAAGCAGGAGCAGCAGGUCUGCCCUGUGCACCUCGUGCGUAGCAGUUGCGAGGGUGUUGCCAGUUCUCCGAGUCUUGCUGUCCAGAAUGGGAACGGUCCUGUAGAUUUUGUUCAUGCAGGCAACUUUGCAAGAGAAGCACUUGAAGGGAAGCUAACUGCAGUUUAGUAUGAGAAAAUAAUUUGCCUUUUUGGCUAAAAUAUUAUAGGUUGAGCAUAACCCAUUUUAGAAUAAACUUAUUACCCGUCAGUGACAAAUGUUAAAGACAGCGAUGCCCGUGGGGAGAUGCGCCAGUGUGGGUGGCGUGCACUUGGCACGCGUGGGCUUGUUUGUUCUUACCCCAGAAGUCAACACCUGAGUGGGUUUGCUGGCGUGGCAGUGGUGAAUCCCUCUAAACGUACAGCGUUCCUGGACGCUGGGAAGGGCUUGCUUGCCCAAGGGUCGUCUGUAGUGUGGGGAACCUGUGUGGCAGCCUCUUCCGUUAAAUGAUUUCUCCGGAGGUAUCGAUGUUGUCUUAUCCUUGUUGCGUCCUUUCCUAAGGACUUACGUUUUGUCAGUCCUUGAGUGAGUACUGAAGGGCUUGAGUAAAAAUGGUAUUAGAGAAGAGGGACUUUAUUGUUCAUAUUUAAUGAUCUGAGGAUAAAAUUAAAGCGGUCUAUUCAGGAAUGAUGUUUUCUGUUUCAGGAGGGUGUGUUACAGUGAUUUUCACAUCUGUGUUUGCCAGUCUUAGUUUCUUCUUGUUUUCUCUGUGCUGACUCCAGUGUCCAGAUUUGAUGUGCCUCGUUGGACAAUUUCUUCUUAUUAUUUUGUGGCAAGGAGGGGAGGCUACGUGAAGCUUGCACUGCAUCUCCAAGUCUUGGUGUAAGCCUGGAUUCCUCCUUUCUGCUGUUGCGUUCAAGCUGCCGCCAAUCUUGUUGCUUUUCCUGCAACACCUCCAGCCUGUGCUGCUGUAGGACCUCUCGUGCGCAAGGUUCCUUUCUUGGUUCCACCAAGUGCUUCAUCGUCUGGGCCAGGUUGGCUCUAGAUCUGUCUCUCUGCAUUGAUUUAAGCUCUUUGACUUUUAGCUGGUGCAGAUACCAACAUCUGAAGCCUCAGGCGGGUUUGCGGCUGCCGUAUAUUCCAUCAUUUAACCCUCCCUCUCCCCGCGCCGGGGCUUUCCCGCUCCACUUAACACUUCCCAAUCUCCUUCCCCAGGCAGCUGAGCACGUGAGUUCCUUUUGCCCAUCAGAAAGCGAGGCACGGCGAAAUAAAAACAGGCAAGGGGAUGGCAGAGCAGCCGAGCUGAGGCGGAAGGAGAGGCGUGAUAGCGGUUUGAUCCUUUGCCAAUUACUCAACCACUUAAGCCCAGCCUUGGAGAGAUGAUCAGCCCUGAUUCCCAGCUCAGGGAGCAUCUUCCUCUGCAGCCUUAGUGCUGGACACGCGCCGAGUGAUCGCGAUGGCUCUGGACAGAAUCGGGACCGCGUUAUCGAGGAAGCGAGAGGAGCGGUGGCACUCAUUUUCCGACAUACGUUUCCCUCUACCAUUUCUUGUUCCGAUGAAGGAAACCGUGCCGCACGGAAGGGGUGGGGAGUGCGCACACCAGAUUGCUCGAAACACUUGUCUCUCUCUGGCACAUUCUUGCAAGUGGUGUCUAACUGUAAAGGUACAGCACUGACAUCAGCCUGCUGGGGCUAACCUCGUCCUUCCAGCACGCUUUAACCAAAGUGGUUACAUUUGGGGGAAGAAAUCUGUAAAAACAAGGUCGUUUCCAUGUCGGGGGGGGGGGGGGGAAGUUGUUUGCAAGGGCAGAAGUCAUUCUUAUUUCAAACAGAACACUUAGCUGCUGAUAACGUCCAGCAAAACGUUCACAACCUUCAGAUUUGUCUUCCCAAAUGAUUUUAUUGUAAUACUUGGUCAGGUUAAUUUCCGCCCGUUUCGGGAUGCUUUUCUGUUCUAAACUGCCUUUUCCUUAACUGAUUGUUUGGAUUUUUAUUGAAAAAACCCCAUUCAGUCAGGGAACAGGACUUGGGGAAGGAGGGGUUAACGUCAUCAGGUGACUUCAAGCUGUCUCCAAAAAGCAUCUGAAAAUUUUCUUGGCACUUUAAAAUUUCCUUCAGCAUUAUGAUUGUAGCGUGCUUACAGCCCUCGGCAAGAGCAGCCUUUGCAUUUGAGGGAGGAAAAACUUCAAAUAUUUGUGAAUGCCUUAAAGCUUUAGGGGAGGUGUUUGGGCACUGCUUGUGCCUGCCAUUUGAUUUUCUUCCUGGAGAGCUGUGUGCUGAGUGCACAGAGCAGACACAAACGUCGGCAGAUGGUUUUGAGCAAGCGCUGGGGAUGGUGGAAGCCGCUGUUGCAGUGUGCAAUUCCAGCUGAGGCUGGAAUUUGUGUCGAACUAAACUAAAUGAGCUGGGAGCCCCUGUGCCCGUACGGCUGUCUGUGCUGACACCUUCCCUCUUUUUUUUUUUUCCCCCAGAAAUGGAUUUUUUCGGUAUAUCACUCAUGCUGUGACGGGUUUUAUCCUUUCUUUAAAGAAAGAAGCCUGGGCUGAUGUAGAGUGCUCUGUGAGUGUCCUGUUGCGUUAAAGGAAACUAAAUUCUCUGCUUGAACUCUUCCCUGCUGUACCAGCUGACAUUCGCAGGCGGGAGUCAGGAGAAGCGGAGGGGAUCUGCUGCUGCCCGUAAUGUUUGUUGAGAUGGCUCUGAGACUUCUCAUCUCCCGUUUGUCUCAAAGCUCUGCUGGAUUCCUGAUGUCAGGCUGGCUUCUGAGUUGCAGCGCAAAACAAAGCGCUGCUUUGCAGGUAUGGCACGCUACUCUGAUUUGCUUUGUUCAGAGAUAUCGCCUGUUCAGAAAAAGGUGUCUCCAUGAAGACGAGUGGUAAAUUAUAAUGAAAGAGGCACCGGAGAAAGGUGUUCACAUUAAUUUUUAUUGAUUUGUCAAUGCUGGUAACAGCCAGUCUUCCCACACGGGUGCUUGACACCCGCUACAAGCAGAGCGGGUACGUGGGAGUCGUCAGCCAUCCCAACUAGGGCAUGAUCCAUUCUCUGUGUACGGAGAAAAGUCCUGCGCUGUCGCCUUUCGCCGUGGCACCGCUGAGAUUUCUUCCACACUACAAAUAAUUUUCCCUACUUUUCCUGUAGCGGGACAGGUUUCACUUACGCCUUUCUUCCAGUAUAGCUGGAGGCACAUUAGUGUCCCUGAAGUUGUUGACGGGUUCUCCUGCGCCUCGCGGUCAGGCUUGCGACAGGGCACGUCCCUGCUCGAUAAGGUGCUUCUGCCAGAGAAGCGACCCAAGCCGCGCCUGGGGGAAAGGAGCAUGCCCGCGCUGUGAGUGCAGUUGUUUCCAGACCGCCUGCCCGGCAGCUGGCUGAUGGUGAUGUUUCCUGCACCUUCGGGAAAAGUUGGGGAAAAUCCUUUUUGGCCCAGAUCAACUCCUUGCUGCUGCUCCUUAGACAACGUGCUUGCUUUCUGCCACUUUCUGCUCUGUUCCCAGCUGUGCACGCCUGAGGGCUCUCGCCGUCGCCGGUUUUACAGGAGACCCGAGCUCUGUAGGAGAAGGGCUCCCCGCUUCUUGGACAGGUACCCGGUGCAGGUCUCCCGAGCAGAGACUGCCGUCUUGUGAACUGCACCAGUACGUCCCUUCUCCACCGUUGCUUCUGGUUAUCAGGUGCACCAAUUUACUUGUCCAAAGCCCCUUCAUGCUUUUAUCGAUCUCCCGAGACCAGAUUUUCAAGGGCUGGGAGGACUUCUGCAGUGUGCUACUGCCGAAAUUUUAAGAACAACUGAAGUUUGAACCCGUGAAAGCAUUUUUCUAGUGCCUUAUGCUUGUGAAUGUUGUGCAAUGGAUGUAGCUGAGGUGGGACAGAGCAAGGAGCAACUUCGGUAGCCCGGUUCCCCGUCCACUACAGCCGCCUCCAUCUCCCCUCGCAGGGUCUCGGCAAGCGGACGCCAACAGAUCAUCUCUAGCAGCGCGGGGAUGCUUUUUAAUCCCUUUGAGAUCUGGGGUUGUAGAAACGUUAAACUGUAAAACCUUGCGCCGGGUGGUCUGCCGUUGAGAGGAGCAGUGGUCUCACCUCCGCCGGUUUUGGAUUCAAAGGGGUUUAGGAGAGACAAAGCUGCUCUGAUCGCUAGACCCCGUGAUGGAGGACAUGGACAGUUGUUCCCACGCGCACAAGUCAGGGUGAGUUUGCUGCUCUCCACUGAGGCCAUGUUGUUAUGUAUGCUGUAUUUAUAUCGUGCUUUAUUUCAUUUAAUAUUUUGGUUGGCUUAAAUAUCGCUAGGUUUGUAUAUUAAUAAAGAGGCGUUUUAACU